GGCGGCUGUGCAUGUAUCAACGUGGUCGUUCAUGAGCCAGAAGCUUUAAACAAGACCUUCCAAAAAGGAGAGGAUAGAUGGUAUGGACAUGGACAACUGUUACAAAAAUACACACAUUCACAGUCAGAUCAUGAUCCAUUAGGAGACAGUUUUAGCAUUGGCAUCGUAGCUGUACUUGGAGGUAGAUAAUCAGCUCAGAUCGUGUAAUUGAACAGAAAAGAUAAUGGAUAUUGGUGAAUCUAACAAGAAGUACCCUCAUGAUCAUAAGAAGCAAUUACUUGACGACGACGACGACGACGACGACGACCAUCAGGUGGAGGGCACUAGUGCUACCGCUACCUCUUCUUCUUCCUCUUCUUGGAGGAUCAGGAGAAGUACUGGUAGUACAAGUGACAAUCUCAUUUCACACCACAAAAACAAAUUAGUAGAUCAUGAAGACAGUGAUGAAGAUCUUUUCACGGUUCCGGAUGUAGAAGCUCGACCACCAGCGGAGGCGGCUGCUGCUGCUGCUGCAGCACCAGCAGCAACAGGGAGUAAUAAACGCCAUAGAGGACGAAACCCUGUUGACAAAGAAUAUAGAAGGCUCAAGAGCAGAUUGCUAAGGAACAGGGUCUCAGCCCAACAAGCUCGAGAAAGAAAGAAGGUUUACGUCAAUGACUUGGAAUCAAGAGCCAAAGAAUUGCAGGAAAUUAAUACCAAAUUAGAGGAGAAGAUCUCCACAUUGACCAAUGAAAACACCAUGCUUCGGAAGGUCCUCAUGAAUACCAGGCCUAAGGUUGAUGAAAGCAUGGAGCAAAAGCAGUAACAGUUGGGCAAAAGCUGAAAAUGCAUCGCCUCCUAUGAUCAGAUUAAUGUAUAAUAUAGCCAGUGAUCUUGCCAGCUGCUUAUGCAUGGCGAAUACUUAAAUAGCAUAUGCGCGCACUUCUGCAAAAAUAUAUACAGUCGAGGCUGAUUUUGAAGUGGUUAAAUCUUUUCCAUACGAAUGGCUGCUCAGUUUAAGGCCCCAAGAAAUAAAAAUAAAAAUGAGCGUGUCUAUCUAUAUAUUUAUGUAUACAGUCAAUUUAUGGCAGCCAUGUAUGGAUAUUUUUCAGACAGCUUUGCAUCAAAAGCAUGUGGCUUACUGAAUAUUAUGUUAUGUAAACUCUUAGGUCAUUUUAAUUGCCGCAGUUAUAUUAUUUGCUGUUCUGCUUCAGUUCUGGGAUUCAAGUACCGUUGAAAAGACUAAAGGAACGGGGGGAAUGACUACCUGUAAUAAAGCACAGGCUAAUAUAGUAAGGAGCUAUGAAGCCCUUCCCUUCUCGUAACUCUCCCCAUUCAUUGAGCUAUCUUCAGUUUCCUUAAGGUAAGGUGCUCUUCCUUACUUGAUAAUGAUUGGCUACCUAGCUAAGGUAAGGGGCCUCUACUCGGAAGGCAGGGCCAUUAGUUGGAGGCCAGGGAGAAAGGCAACUCGUUUCGUCAACUGUGAAGGCGAGGCGGUCAGGGAUAAAUGCUGCUGAGCCAACGGGGUAUAAGGCUAUGAAUUUCAAACUGGAAUGGAUCCGGGGCGAGGUACUGCCACCCCCGGCUUCUGCUGGAUCAACUGUAUAAAGUUCAAUGAAAGAAAUUUGAUUUUGGAAUA